GCAAAAAGCGUUUGUUCAAUGCAAGUAUCUUGUUAUAUUAGUCACUGGCUGAAUUAACGCUAAUGCAAUUACCGAUCGCAGCAGCUGGGAAGCUAACGAAGUAACCGACGACGACGGUAACGACGUCGCACGAACCCCGGAGCUGCUCUAAUCUAAUCUGGCCAAUCAAGCUAGAAGCAAAUUCGUCGUCUUUUCGAGUUCACCUUUAGCCGGCGUCGUUGGUCAAGUCAGUCAGUCGCUGGACGCCGCACAAAUAUUAAUUAACUGCUGGAAAAAAAACGCAGAUACAAUUCCAAAAUGGUCGCUCAAUCGAAACUUGGCCAGGUUUUUAGCUAUCAAAACUGGGUGCAUGCCGUCUCCGGCGCAGCGGGUGGCUGCAUUGCGAUGAGCACCUUCUAUCCGCUGGACACAGUGCGCUCGCGCCUCCAAUUGGAGGAGAGCGGCGAGGUGCGCAGCACCAAGCAGGUCAUCAAGGAGAUUGUGCUGGGCGAGGGCUUCCAGGCGCUGUAUCGUGGACUGGGUCCAGUGCUGCAGAGCUUGUGCAUCUCGAAUUUUGUCUAUUUCUACACAUUCCAUGCCCUCAAAAUGCUUACGUCGAAUGGCUCGCGUGGACAGCAGAGUGCGCUGAAGGAUCUGGUGCUCGGCAGCAUCGCUGGCAUCAUCAAUGUAUUUACGACAACACCCUUUUGGGUGGUCAACACGCGCCUGCGCAUGCGUAACGUGGCCGGCACAUCGGACGAGGUCAAUAAGCACUACAAGAGUCUGCUGCAGGGUCUGCGGUAUGUGGCCAAGACCGAGGGCAUCUUGGGCUUGUGGUCGGGCACGAUUCCAUCGCUGAUGCUUGUCUCGAAUCCGGCGCUGCAGUUCAUGAUGUACGAGCUGCUUAAGCGCAACAUUCAGAUCUUCACAGGCGAUCAGAUGGGCAGUCUGAGUUUCUUUUUGAUUGGCGCCAUUGCCAAGGCAUUUGCCACGGUGCUCACCUAUCCGCUGCAGUUGGUCCAAACCAAACAGCGGCAUCGCACCAAUGAUGCGGCCAAUAUUGCCUCCACAUCGCAAGACGCGGCGGCUGGCAAGCUAAAGCAACAAUCGAUGCUUGAACUGAUGGUUAGCAUCCUGCAGCAUCAGGGCAUUGCUGGAUUAUUCCGUGGCCUGGAGGCCAAGAUCCUGCAGACUGUGCUGACGGCGGCGCUGAUGUUUAUGGCCUACGAAAAGAUCGCUGGUUUGGUGAAGAUGCUGCUCAAGCGCAACGCUUGAGAGGGUCUAGUCUUAGUUUAACUACUACAUAUAUAGUUUUAGAUGUAAACUGAUAAACAUGACAAAGGAUAUGGACAUGGAUAUGGAAAAGGAUACAAAUGCAUACACUCCAAAGUUAGCCAAUAAUAUUAAUAAUACAAUUCAAAUGACAAAAAUUUGA